UGUUCUAUGCAAAACUUGGCUGAGUACUAGGAAUUCCUUAGAGGAAAUUAAUGAAUGCGCAAGCGCAACUAAGACUUCCGUCGUGAACACCUUGUUAUUGACCAUGUGUUCAGGUGUCUGGUGAAUGUAAAGAAACCUGUCGAAAUGGCGGUUCUUGGGGCACAGUUUGUGUUCAGCAUUACGAUGUUCAGUUUCCUUCAGAAACUGUCUCCAUACUAUUCAUUUGGUCGUUGGAUUUUGUCCCAUCGAUUGGUUCGUUACCUUCACCCUACAGAUGAGGAACUUAAGCAGAUGGCUGGCAUAUCUGGUGGUGGUGGAAAAGGGAAGGGAAAAAGACAAGACUUCAAGAAAAUGAUGAACAGCGCCAAAGCAGAAGGAUUUUCAGUUCCACGAAAUCUUCCUAUUCAACUAGACACCGCAAAAGUGGAGGCCGCUGAUCUUGUGCAAUUGCAAUACUAUGCUGAGUAUCAAUGGCUGAUGGAUUUUUCUCUGUGUGCUGUUAUUGUAUACAUCCUGACUGAGAUCUACUACACCAUCAGCCAACAUCACAUUGAGUUCAAUGCCAGUAUAAUGUGGUGCCUACUUACCAUUGCAUUUUGUUUAAGAAUUCUCUACUCACAAACAGUCAUGUAUUUCCACGCAGAAGAAGGAGGGGAACGGAUGCUUUGCAUUACAUUUGGAUUUUUCUUCCUUGUUCUAAGCAUGGGCAUUUUGGUGGUCAGUGAUGGUGGCAUUCUUGAGUUUGGGCUUGAAGAAGGCUAUAAAAACUUCUCAGAAGGUGCUUUACUGUUCAUGAGAAAACAAGGAUUUGAGUCACAUGGCCCCAUGUCUUUUAUGACAUUUAAGGUUAUUUUGAUAUUUUUUUGUUCUAUUUUGGGUGCACUUUUAACUUUUCCAGGAAUGCGCCUUGCAAAAUUACACCUAGACACACUUAAGUACAACAAAGGAAACUUCCUUCUGCAGGGUUUGCUGCAUGUCAACUAUCUCUUGCCCAUCGUUGUCAUCCUGUUAUGGGUGAGACCUAUUGGACGAGAUGUUCUUUGUGGGAAGGGGAUGUUUUUUGGCACUCGAUACCUUUUUGAUGCUCAAUUCGAGUCAUUAAGGCUAAUUGUUGUUGUGAUAAUGUGCAUCCUCCGCUUUCUUCUCAUGCCUCUGUUCAUGCAGUCACAUCUAAAUCUGGCGCAUGAGAAAAUUGAACAUAUGAAAAAGGAAUCAGGGCGCAUCAGCAGCAUAGAACUCCAGAAAAUGGUAGCCCGCGUCUUCUACUACUUGUGUAUGGUGGCCAUCCAGUACCUGGCACCAGUCCUACUCAUUCUCUUUCUUACUUUCCUUUUGAAGACGAUGGGCAAUUACUCUUGGUCUGUUAUUUUUGGUGACCAUGUGGCAGAUUUUUUUUCAGGCUAUCAGCGUUUGCCCAGAAGAUCAUUUCUUGCCAGCGACAACAGCACCUUAGGCUCUAUCUUGACUACAACAGCUCAUUUUACUGUGACUUUGAAUGACUUGCGUGCAGUAUUUACACCUGUUUGGUACCAAGGACUGCUUUCUUUCUUGAUGUGGUGGGUCUGCACGGCUUGGUUCAUAAGCACCUCUUUUGGCAUUAUGUAUUAUUCCCAGAAUACAGACAGAUGAUAGAUACGGUUAGAACCUUUUUCUCCUAGUUUUAUAAUGUGCAAAAGAGGAGUGUUUAUCUCUUGUUGUGCAUAUGCAAGAAGAUAAGACUGGUGUGCAUUUCUGAAAUUUCCAUAUUUAUUGAUAUUUCCUAAACCCCAGCAUGUGCUUGACAACAUCUUGAGAUUCUGGCAACUUAUUUAGGGGAUGGAGGUGAAAGUAUUUAAGGUAUUUGUCAGGCCAGGCCAGAUGAAAGCAAGUAUCAAUGCAUGCAGCUUGUGCUCCUCACCAGUCUCUCCCAGCUCAAAGCACCGAGCCUUCACCCCCUUCCCCCUCUUCUUAAAAAAAAAUCAUUGGACAAAAGGCAGUAAAUUUUGGGUGCAAAAUAAACCAGUGAAAAGUAUGAUCUGAAGAGUUAUUGCAGUCAUUGAACAUUGUAAUGAUCUGAGAAGUUAUGGCAUCAAGGUGAAAUUGCAAACAUGAAGUGAUGCAGCAGUGUCCAGACUGACUGUAAACUUGUUACUUAUAAUCUUUAAUGACUUAGAACAAGUUUAACCUGUAAUUUAUUCAAGUUUACCCUGCUUUAUGGAUUUUCACAAGUCUGUAAUGUCUGAAUGGCACAUUGUCAGCUGUUGAAGUUAACUCAGCUGUAAUAUGACUGUAAGAUUUGAUCAUAAGGAAUAUCCAUUCGAUAUUUUACACUGACCAGCAACUAAUGCUACAUCCCAGUAAAGUUGCAAACAGGUGUCCAAAGUGAGACCUGACCUCCAUGUUGGCAAUAAACUGUCAUCUGCCGUUCCACCAAACUGCUCCUGACAAUAUAAACAUGUGGGAAGUAGACUAGUUAAGUUUAACUACCAUCAUGUGCUAAACGUAAUGUGGUAGUUUGUGGAAAAAAAUGCAUUGAUGCUACAGAAACACUUUGUGGCUUUCCUUUAUAUUUUUUUUGAAAUGAUGUUUCACAUGCUGAACGGCUUUUAUGACAUGCUAUUACAGAAAUGUAAAACCUUUUUUUUAAAGUUCUUUAUUGCUUGCAGAAAACACUUUUGUUCAUUAAUGUUCUCCGAGUACUGAGAAUAGCAGUGUCCUGUGAAUACUGUGAAUAACAAGAAUACCUGCUGACAACUCAUUAACACAUCAUUUACUUACCUUCCACUUUGCAAUUUUUACAAUAUUUUUUAGAUAAGUUUCAUUAUCCUUGUAAAUAAGUUAAAGCAUGUCCAUAUUGCUGUGGAAGCUUUUUAGUCUCAUCUUUCUAGAAAACUGGCAAUAGCCUGUACUCUUCUGUGCAAUUAAAUAAAAUUUAGAGCUGAAAAA